AUCUCCCCCAUCCAGCCGCCGUUUUCCCCAUCUUCUUCCUCCUCCUCCUCCUCACAACUCAACUAGCAUCACCACUGCUGGGGAUUUUCUUCCUCCUCCUCCUCCUGACAACUCAACUAGCAUCACCACUGCUGGAAAUCAAGAAAGCAGAAAGAGUAGCCAUGGCGGCCAAGAACCCCAAGGUCUUCUUCGACAUCCUCAUCGGCCAGGCCAAGGCGGGCCGGGUCAUCAUGGAGCUCUACGCCGACAAGGUGCCCAAGACGGCGGCCAACUUCCGGCAGCUCUGCACGGGCGAGAAGGGCCUGGGCAAGAGCGGCAAGCCGCUCCACUACAAGGGGUCGGCCUUCCACCGCAUCAUCCCGGGCUCCAUGUGCCAGGGCGGCGACUUCACCCGCGGCAACGGCACCGGCGGCGAGUCGGUCUACGGCCAAAAGUUCGCCGACGAGAACUUCCUGCUCCGCCACACGGGCCCCGGGGUCCUCUCCAUGGCCAACGCCGGGCCCGGCACCAACGGCUCCCAGUUCUUCAUCUGCACCGCCAAGACGCCGUGGCUCGACGGCAAGCACGUCGUGUUCGGGCAGGUUGUCGAUGGAUACCGCGUCGUGGAGAAGAUGGAGGCCGUCGGCUCGUCCGGUGGCGCCACCGCCGAGCCCGUCGUCAUCGAGGACUGCGGCCAGCUCCCCGACGGCGAGUAACCAGUGCCUGGCUGAUCUGAUGAUUCAUUCAGCUUGUUUUUUUACUUACUACUGAAGCUGAGACAGUUGAUAUGGAUCCGAUGGACUACUAGUUUGUUUAGGCGUGUGUAAUGACUGAAUGAAUGAAUAAAUUUACAGAUUCAGUUUCAUCAA